AAAAACCCGCGAGGCUGCAAGUUUGGUUUUCAGAGGUUGUUCAGCAGACCAAGAAAUGCGGAACGCAGACGCUGAAGUGACGCAUUAGUUAAAGAAGGGCUUUGUCUUCUCCGCCCUCUUCCCUUUGCUUAAAUCUCUCUACCUAAAAGAAAAUUAUGAUCAUUAAAAAGAUGGAGAGGAGCUUUGGUAGGCUUGAGAAUCCUAACAACUGGAUAAGGGAAGUCAAUUCUAUAUUCCCAGAGAAUAAUAUCCCUAUAAUAUUGCCCUCGUUUUCUUCACAGCAUCAUCAUCGCCUGGAAAGUUUCUCCCAUCUCUCUGUCUUUGUCUUUCUUGGAUACUCUGCUCUCUGCAUCUCACAAUUCUUUCUCUCUAUAUCUCUCUCCCUCCAAAGCUCAAGGCCUAAACAACUUCAAAAAUGUCCAAGAACGAGCCAGCGUUCGUUGCUUCACUCGAUCAAGGUACCACCAGCACCAGAUUCAUCAUCUAUGAUCGCCAAGCUCGUUCUGUCGGAUCUCACCAGGUCGAGUUCACCCAGUUUUACCCUGAAGCCGGAUGGGUGGAGCAUGAUGCGAUGGAAAUAUUGGAGAGUGUGCGGGUCUGUAUGGCCAAGGCAGUGGACAAGGCCACGGCUGAUGGCCAUAAUGUUGACGGUGCUUUGAAGGCAAUUGGCCUCACUAAUCAGAGAGAGACUACUGUCCUUUGGAGCAAAUCUACUGGUGCUCCUCUUUAUAAUGCCAUUGUUUGGAUGGAUGCUCGCACCAGUUCCAUUUGCAGGAAAUUGGAGAAAGAUUUAUCAGGAGGAAGAACUCAUUUUGUUCAGACUUGUGGUCUGCCAAUAAGUACUUACUUCAGUGCGUUAAAGGUACUAUGGUUGAUGGAAAAUGUGGAUGCUGUUAAACAGGCUAUUGAAAAAGGAGAUGCUCUGUUUGGAACUAUAGAUACUUGGCUAAUCUGGAAUUUAACUGGUGGAGUGAAGGGCGGCUUGCAUGUGACUGACGUCUCUAAUGCAUCUCGGACUAUGCUCAUGAAUAUCAAAACUCUUGAUUGGGAUAAACUCACAUUGGAAACCCUCGGAAUUCCUGCUGGAAUUCUGCCCAAAAUUGUAAGCAACUCUGAGAUUAUUGGAAAUGUUGGGAAGGGGUGGCCAGUCACUGGUCUUCCAAUUGCAGGAUGUCUUGGUGACCAGCAUGCUGCAAUGUUAGGACAAGCAUGUAGAAAGGGUGAGGCCAAAAGCACAUAUGGAACUGGUGCUUUCAUACUUCUCAACACCGGCGAGGAUGUAAUUCAGUCAAAGCAUGGGCUUCUAACCACUCUGGCUUUUAAGCUUGGCCCAAAAGCACCUACUAAUUAUGCUUUAGAAGGUUCCAUUGCUAUUGCUGGAGCUGCAGUUCAGUGGCUUAGAGAUAGUCUUGGGAUAAUUAGUAGUGCAAGUGAGAUUGAGGAACUUGCAAAGCAGGUUGAAUCAACUGGUGGCGUGUAUUUUGUGCCUGCUUUUAAUGGACUGUUUGCUCCAUGGUGGCGUGAUGAUGCUCGUGGGGUUUGCAUUGGGAUCACAAGGUUUACAAAUAAGGCUCACAUUGCUCGUGCUGUACUUGAAAGCAUGUGUUUUCAAGUUAAAGAUGUGUUGGAGUCAAUGCACAAAGAUGCAGGGGAGAAAGGUGAACAUAGGAAUGCAAAGGGGGAGUUCUUGCUUAGAGUGGAUGGUGGUGCAACUGUUAACAACCUUCUGAUGCAAUCUCAGGCAGACUUGUUGGGAUGCCCAGUUGUGAGACCAGCUGAUAUAGAGACAACUGCUCUUGGAGCGGCCUAUGCUGCUGGUUUGGCUGUUGGGGUUUGGAAAGAGGAGGAGAUAUUUGCUUCUGAAGAAAAGGUUAAGAUGACGGAUACCAUUUUCCGCCCCUUAAUAGAUGAAAACCUAAGGAAGAAGAAGGUGGAUUCUUGGUGCAAAGCUGUGGAAAGAACUUUUGGCUUGGCUGAUCUUUCAAUAUGAAGAAAUUCAUGAUGGUGCUUUAUGUCCCUUUUCUUCUCUUCUUUUUUUAAUUAUUUCUUGGCCGUUAGUUAUCCAUUUAAAUGACUGAGAUUAAUCCUUAAUAGAUACAUUGUUAAUUCCUGUCUAUGUUUAUGUGACUCUGAAAUAAUAAAUAUGAUUAGUUGGUUGUUUUCCCUCUUGAUAA